AUGUCGUCUGACAGUUUGUUGAGUUCAUUUGGGGUCUUGGAUGCCCUCCUGCUAGCUGUGAUAGCUGGGGGAUGUGCCUAUUAUUUUGGCUUCAGGAAGAAAACUGCGCCACCUGUUUUCAAGAAAUUAACUGUCAACCCAUCACAGACCUCAAAUGAGCCAAAGGGGUUUAUUGAAAGAAUGAAAGAUGGAGGCAGAUCAAUUGUAAUAUUUUUUGGCUCUCAGACUGGAACAGCUGAAGAGUUUGCUACUAGACUAAUGAAGGAGUCUUCAAGAUAUGGCAUGAAAGCCAUUUUAGCUGAUCCUGAAGAUUGUGAUAUGGAAACAUUAUGUAACCUGACAGACAUUGAUAGGUCAUUGGCUAUUUUCCUGAUGGCCACAUAUGGUGAAGGUGAUCCGACAGACAACGCCCAGGAGUUCUACGAUUGGCUGAGAGACUCUGAUGCCAGCCUAUCAGGAAUCAGAUAUGCUGUUUUUGGCCUUGGCAACAAAACCUAUGAACACUACAAUGCCAUCGGGAAAUUUGUAGACAAAAAAUUAGAAGAGCUUGGAGCUGAAAGGAUUUUUCCAUUGGGACUGGGAGAUGAUGAUGCAAAUAUUGAAGAGGAUUUUCUCAGUUGGAAGGAGAAAUUUUGGCCUGCUGUCUGCGAUUACUUUGGAGUUUCUGACGCUGGAGAGGAUGUCAACGUGAGGCAGUAUUCCCUGACCUUGCACAAUGACCCUGAAAAAGUAACAUUGUUUAAAGGGGAACCGGGAAGAAUUGGGUCAUUCCAAAACCAAAAACCUCCAUUCGACGCAAAGAAUCCAUUCCUAUCAACGAUAAUCUCAACGAAGGAACUCCACAAGGCCGGUGAUAGAUCUUGUUUGCACAUCAAUAUCGACCUUACUGGCUCUAGACUAAGAUAUGACACUGGUGAUCACGUUGGUGUUCUCCCUCGCAAUGAUUCAACGUUAGUAAACUGGCUUGGGGAAAGAUUAAAAGUGGAUUUAGAUGCACCGUUCACUCUCACUAGUUUAGAUGAGGAAGCCAUGAAAAAACAUCCCUUCCCUUGCCCCACGACCUUCAGGACGGCCUUGACCUUCUACCUCGAUAUAACCUCCUGUCCAAGGACAAAUGUACUCAAAGAACUCAGUGAGUACACUGACGAUGGAGGCGAUAAGGAGUUCUUACUCUCGAUGACCAAGUCCAGUCCAGAGUCGAAAGAGAAAUAUAUGAACUGGGUGGUAAAAGACCAUCGAACGACCCUGCAUCUCCUCGAGGACAUUCCCUCCCUCCACCCCCCUAUCGACCACCUCUGCGAGCUGCUUCCCAGACUGCAAGUUAGGUACUACUCCAUAUCAUCGUCCCCCAAGGUCAACCCUAACUUGCUCUCGAUAACGGCAGUCGUGGUGGAGUACACCACGCCAACCAGCCGUCACAUGAGGGGCGUCUGUACAGGGCUCCUGUCAACCUUGCGCCCCUCUGAGGUCAUUCAACCUAAAAUUCCGGUCUUCAUCAGAAGGUCACAGUUCCGUCUGCCCUUCAAGACCAACCUACCAAUUAUCAUGAUUGGGCCCGGUACAGGGCUCGCCCCAUUUAUGGGGUUCCUGCAGGAGAGGAAGGUCAUCAAAAGUGAAGGUGACAAGCCCCUCGGAGAGGCCUACCUGUAUUUUGGCUGUCGGCACGAGGCAGAAGAUUUCAUAUACGAGGAGGAGUUGAAGGAGUACUUGAAGGACGGCACACUCAACAAACUCUACCUGGCAUUUUCGCGAGAUCAAGAGAAAAAGGUAUAUGUCCAGCAUUUAUUAGAGCAGAACUCUGAAGAGGUCUGGAAUGUUCUACAGCAAAAAGGCCAUCUCUAUAUAUGCGGGGAUGCGCGAAACAUGGCGACAGACGUGGACAAGGUCCUCCACAAAAUCGUAAUGGCCUGCGGAAAUCACGAUUCAGCCUCUGCCAACGACUACAUCAAAAGAUUGAGAUCUACGGGGAAGUAUUCGUGUGAUGUCUGGAGUUAG